AUGAGUUCAUCGAGAUGCUCGUGGCGUCUUAUACUUGCAGCUCUCUUCGCUGCUAUAUUGCUCUUUGAUCUCGUGUCCAUUGCUGCCGCAGCACGACCCUGCGAAGAUGCUGGUCUGCAGCAACACGAUGGCGAGACGAGGCGGCUUCUGAGGACGCGGCGCCCCCCGCCGCCCCCUCGCUCCAAGCCUACCAUCUUUUACUCCCCGCCGCCUCCCCGCCCACCGCCGCCACCACCACCACCACCUCCUCCUCCGCCGCCACCGCCACCUCCUCCUCCUCGUCGACACCGCCGCCACCGCAGCUACCACGGUCGUUACCCACCCCCUAUCAAGCGGUAA